CGGUGGCUUCCUGGCUGGCUGGCUAGCUGGCUCUGCAACUUCCAGCUGGAGCUGCCUGGCUGGGUCUCCGCCUCUGCCUCUGCCGCUGCUGCUGCCGGCGCUGCCGGCUGGGGGAAAAUGUCCGAGCGAGGCGGCUUCUACAAGCAGGAGUUGAACAAGACGGUGUGGGAGGUGCCCCAGCGCUACCAGCACCUGACCCCGGUGGGCUCGGGGGCGUACGGCUCCGUAUGUUCAGCAUAUGAUACCAAAACAAGGCAGAAGGUGGCAGUCAAGAAGCUUUCGAGACCUUUCCAGUCCCUUAUUCACGCCAGAAGAACCUACCGGGAGCUUAGAUUACUGAAGCACAUGAAACACGAAAACGUUAUAGGAUUACUAGAUGUUUUCACACCUGCGGCAUCAAUAGAAAAUUUUAAUGAAGUGUAUCUUGUCACAAAUUUAAUGGGUGCUGACCUGAAUAACAUUGUGAAGUGCCAGAAACUGACAGACGACCAUAUACAGUUUCUUAUAUAUCAGUUACUUCGAGGGCUUAAGUAUAUUCAUUCGGCUGGAAUCAUUCACCGGGACCUAAAGCCUAGUAACCUAGCUGUCAAUGAAGACUGUGAAUUAAGGAUUUUAGACUUUGGCUUAGCCCGGCAAACGGAUGAUGAAAUGACAGGUUAUGUAGCAACACGGUGGUACAGAGCCCCGGAAAUCAUGUUGAAUUGGAUGCACUAUAAUCAAACAGUUGACAUUUGGUCAGUUGGUUGCAUUAUGGCGGAGCUGCUGAAAGGGAAGGCCCUUUUCCCUGGAAACGACUAUAUUGACCAGCUGAAACGAAUAAUGGAAGUGGUUGGUACACCCAGUUCUGAACUUCUCAAGAAAAUCUCAUCAGAGCAUGCCAGAAAGUACAUAGAAUCUCUACCGCACAUGCCUCAACAGGAUCUGAAAGCAGUAUUUCGUGGAGCCAACCCAUUAGCUGUAGAUCUUCUUGAGAAAAUGCUUAUACUGGAUAGCGAUAAAAGAAUAACAGCAACAGAAGCACUUGCGCAUCCUUACUUUGUACAAUACCACGAUCCUGAUGAUGAACCUGAGGCAGAACUGUAUGAUGAAUCAAUAGAGAAUAAAGAACGGAUUAUAGAUGAAUGGAAAGAACUUACAUAUGAAGAAGUGAUCAGCUUCAAACCACCCGAUUUAAAGAUGGAUAGCCUUGAAAUUGAACAAUAAAUCCAGAACCUUAUCUUUUUUUGCCAUGCUGUACUAUGAAGACUAUUAAACGGAUUGCAUUGCAAUUUAAUUUCAUAUACCACAAGCGUAGAUUUUACUAUCCAAAGAUCUUGGAAGAGCUAUGGGAAAGCAGAUAAAUAGCGCUGAAGGAAAAUGUAUCCGGGGUGUGUUUUGCCUUGUACCACGAAUGUAAUAAUUACAGAACAUUAAGAACCGCUUCAUUAUGACAAAUGAUGCACUGAGGGUUUGUUUUUUUUACAAAAAAAAACUGUGUCUUCUCUGCAUGUCUCAUUCUAUUGGUUGUGAUGCCAAAAACGGUGAUUUUAAUAUUAUUUUGAGGCUGUACAGUUAAAGCAUGAAUGUAUGUUGAAACAAAAAUAGAAGCCCAUACAAGCAAUUUAUUAUUUUUAAGAGUUACCUUAAUUCUAUGUUGUGUUAUGUUUAUUACUUUUUAAUUUAUAGAUAGUGCCUUUAGGAGAAGGGGCCACUGUAGUAAGUUAGUCAUAAUAGAUACCUGUAGUGGUUUUCAUGACCAUGCUAAGAGUUUCUGGAGUGAUUGACCGACAGUUGGAAGUCAGUGAGUCAGAUCAUUGUUUUGUCAUUAGAGUUUGCCGUCAUUUUUCCUAUAGUUGUAGAAAACUGCAGAGCACAGUUUUACUAGUGAUCUAGCCCUAAAAUGGUCCACUGUGUCAAGUUCUAAUGAGUGGAAUUUAUCGCACACAUUUGAGUUCUUUGAAGAUCUAGCUCCCCACUAGAGCACUUUCUCUGUAAUUUUGGAGUGCCUGUUCCUCCCCUCCCCUGUCAAUAAACUGUUUUGAAAACAAAA